GUCAGGGUUGCCGAGCCAUGUUGCCGGCGCUACAUAAUGCCCACACUGUUAUCAGCGUGGUGAGAUACAUAACGCAUGCCCAAGCCAAGGCCCCACUUUCGUGGGUGCUUUUCUAACUCCACAUGCCUACUCAGUAGUGUUCACAGCUACCAGUUCAGUCAAGCAAGGCUCAUCAACUUUGCGAUGAUACCGGAUGAUCAUUGCCUCUUUUUGGGUCGAAAGGUGUAUACCUUCUUGGGCAUUCCGUUAAUCAAAUAUAUAUCUAUUGGUAACUUGAAUAGCGACGGAUUCUACGUGCUUCGCUUUUAUGGUGUGCUACGAGGCAAAAACAAAGACAAUGGCAUCUGCACUUUCUUAUGAACCAAAACACUUUAUUCUUCGCAUCGUGAUGAUUAGGGAUUUUAUUUUCUGGCCAUAUAUUAUAAAGUGAAGGCCAGGAAACUAAAUAUUUUCGCC